UGGGGACUAUACUAGUUUUUCCCUAAACUAAACGACAUCAUAUGAUGUAGGUUUUUAGGAUCUUCGCCUUCGAGCUUUCUUCCCCCAGAUAAUCACAAAGCCCAAAGGCGUUUAAUUUAGGCGACCUGAAAAGCAGAUAAUCACCGAGCUUAAGAGAAUCCCUUUACCAUAUGAAGAAGAAACUGGUUGUCGUUAGCUACGCGGCUUGCGCCUCCAUUCUCGGAGAUUAUAUGUCUGCGUCUAUAUUAGAUCUAGAAGGUCGUCCAGAUUCGGGUGAUUCAAACGGUAAUCCUCUUCGUCGUGUCCCUCUUAUUCAAAUCGCCGGUAUCGAUGAUAUGGACCAGGAGUGGGGGUAUUGCGUUUUAGAUUCCAUCCUCUAUAUGAGUGGAGAAAAGAAGUCCGUAUAUAAAGUAGAUCUAUCAAAACUGUCUACCUGCACGAGUGAAACUGGUAAUUACAGGGCAGAGAAGAUGCACGCUGAAAUGCUAAGCGAGAAAAAAAGUCCUGUUGCUACGGCAAUCUCAAUGCCUGACGGCAGUGAAAGAGUUCUGGUCUUUUCAACCCGCGACCUUUGUGCGGACCCUUCUAUUAGAAAGACUACUGAUUUUGAAAUUUAUGAUCCAAACUCUGGAAUUUGGGUUGGCCUCCCAGGAAGCGACAUAUGGGGGGAUGAUGCGGCUGUUUGGUUUGAUAUCGUAGCAUUCACUGUUCCCAAGAACAAGUCUCUCUUGCUCAUCCAAACCUACUCUGAUGACUCUUCAAUCUAUGCCCUUGAUUUCCUGUCCCCCCAUGUAGGCUGGCAAAAACGGGAAACCUACUUAGGUGUUAAAAGUAUUCCAUUUGAUAAUUCGCCACACUCUCUCUUUGUGGAUGAUGAAAUAUGUUUGACUGGUUAUGGUGCAUAUGAUAUUUUGGAAAAGGCUCCUGGCACAGGCUUGUCUCAUGUCAUGCUCUAUCGCAGGAUGGGUACCUAUGGUAAAAACCCUAGUAGAUUUUUCUCUUUUCCACAACAACAACUGCUGGAACAUUCACCUGAGUGGUGUUUUUAUAAAUCAAUAUCACCUCUUGUAACCCUACUUGGCUAUGAUUCCAAUAGUGGAGAUUGCGAGUUCUGUGUUGUUCAUCUGGGGCUAAAUAGAUUUGACAGUUCAGCUUGGAUACAACAAUUUGUUUACAAGUUUAAUCUGAAGGAGUACAGAGCAGAGAAGAGGGAGAAGAAGGGGGCGGGAGGAGAAGCUGCCAAGCUCCGUAUACACAUUCUCAAGCAUUCUUCAUUUCAGGCAGUCCGUGCCCCGUGCAUCUAUUUCGAUGCAUGUUAUCUGAAUUCCUUUUAGCUCGGCCUGAUGCACGCCUUUAGUGGUGAUCUAACCACAGGGGAGUUCCUGGCCCGGCGGCCUGCGUCAGGAGUCACAAUACUUUAUACAUGCAUAUCUCACCACAUCCCAGUUAUGGCAUCACUGUCUUGGUCAUCCCUCUCCCCAUAUCCAUUGGGCCUGGCAAACAUAUUUCUUCCUCGUGCAAUUCAUGUCUACAGGCCAUUAGACAUAAGUUAUCUUUAAAGCUAUUCUUACACAUUUUUUGUACACACACUUACACACUCCUGUAAGUGUGUAUACAGACACAACACAUUUGAAGUGUCCGUGAAAUAAGUUGUGUCUGUAUACAGACAAAAUAAAACACUUCACAGACACGAGUGUGUAAGUGUGUGUACAAAAAUGUGUACCUCAAGUUUGGUCGUUUUCUUAUUCCUCAAUAAGUUGUGGAUGUACACAUUCAUUUUAGUAUUUGCACACUAUGUUUGGGGCCCAUCCCCUGCCACUUAAAUUAAUAAUGGAUGUUUUUAUGCUUGUUGAUUACUAAAA